AUAAAUACUUCAAAUAUUUAUUUGCAUUUUUUGAUAUUUAGUCGAAUAUUGAGGUCUAUUAAUCUGAAUAAGUGGUUCUGAUUGAUCACAUACCGGAACAAACCUACUCAUCUAGAGUUUUAGUCUGAAACAUAGUAAACCGAAUGAAUCUCUGAGGACUUGAAUAAAAAAGUUUUCGGUUUUGGGUUAGUCUGAAACGAAUCUAAAGUUAGGUAGAUAUUAACAAAGAACUAACAAUAUGAGGGACCUAUCUGAAAUUAAACAUACUUGGAUUGCUCUCCCCCUUAAUGAAUCAAACGACGUUGACAAAAUUAAAACGAACAAUCAAAUGUCUAAAACCCUUCUCUCUCGCAUCAAACCCCUCACCACUCCUCCUCUAUCUCACUCUCCGAUCACUCCCACGCUCAAAAAACAAGUAAACGACACCGUACACCUCCUCAGAACCAAUCCAAACUGGUCCAACCUCCUCGACGAAGACGACGACCAACAACUCCUCGACAUCUCUCCUUUCGUGUUCGAUCGAAUCCGCGACGUCGAAGCCGGGGUCAAGCUCUUCGAUUGGCUAUCGAAUCGGAAGAAAGACGAGCUCUUUGCAAAUGGGUUUGCUUGUUCCUCGUUCCUAAGGCUCUUAGCGAGGCACAGAGUCUUCAACGAGAUCGAUUAUGUAUUGGGUAAUCUCAGGAAAGAGAAUGUGAAGGUUACUCUUGAAGCUCUGAGCCAUGUUCUUCACGCCUAUGCUGAGUCAGGGCGUUUGGAUAAAGCUUUAGAGGUUUAUGAGUAUGUGAUUGAAUUGUAUGAUUCUGUGCCGGAUGUGAUUGCUUGCAACUCGUUGUUGAGUUUGUUAGUGAAAAGGAAGAGACUUGGAGAUGCACGCAAGGUGUAUGACGAAAUGCGUGAAAGAGGUGAUAAUUACAGCACUUGUAUAUUGCUCAAAGGUAUGUGUAGUGAAGGGAAGGUGGAAGAAGGUAGGAAGCUGAUUGAAGAGAGAUGGGGGAAAGGUUGUGUUCCGAAUAUGGUGUUUUACAACACGAUCAUCAGUGGGUACUGCAAGAUGGGUGAUGUUGAGAAGGCGAGUUUGGUUUUCAAGGAGUUGAAGUCUAAGGGGUUUAUGCCGACUUUGGAGACUUUUGGGGCGAUGAUUAAUGGGUUUUGUAAGAAAGGGGAUUUCACGGCGAGUGAUCGGCUUUUGAAGGAAGUGAAACAAAGGGGUUUAGUAGUCAGUGUUUGGUUUCUGAACAAUAUUAUGGAUGCUAAGUAUAGACAUGGUUCGAAGGUUGAAGUAAGUGAGAGUAUACGGUGGAUAGUAGCUAAUGGUUGCAAGCCUGAUAUAGCAACGUAUAAUAUUUUGAUCAAUCGUUUGUGUAAAGAAGGUAGGAUGGAAGAUGCUGUUGGGGUUUUGGAUGAAGCAGCAAAGAAGGGGUUGGUUCUGAAUAAUAUAACCUAUGCUCCUCUAAUACAAGGUUAUUGCAGAGUCAAAGAGUAUGAUAUUGCUUCUAAGUUGCUUCUGCAGAUGGCUGAGAGAGGUUGCAAACCAGAUAUAGUAACAUACGGGAUUCUUAUCCAUGGUCUUGUUGCUUCAGGUCAUAUGGAUGAUGCGGUUAAAAUGAAAGGUAAAAUGAUAGAGAGAGGAGUUUCACCAGACGCUGCCAUCUACAAUAUGUUGAUGAGUGGGUUGUGCAAGAGAGGUGGGUUUUCAUCUGCCAAGCUCCUCUUCUUGGAGAUGUUGGAUCGGAAUAUUUCGCCGGAUGCUUAUGUCUAUGCUACCCUCAUAGAUGGAUUCAUCAGAAGCGGUGAUUUUGAGGAAGCAAAGAAGGUUUCCUCUCUCUCGAUUGAAAAGGGUGUGAAGGUUGAUGUCGUGCACCACAACGCUAUGAUAAAGGGGUUUUGCAGAUCCGGAAUGUUGAAUGAGGCAUUGAUGUGUAUGAAUAGGAUGACCGAAGAAAGACUUGUACCUGAUGAGUUCACUUAUUCCACAAUCAUCGAUGGGUACGUGAAGCAACAGGAUAUGACUACCGCCUUAAAGAUUUUUCGAGACAUGGGUAAGACCAAGUGUAAGCCAAACGUGGUGACUUACUCAUCUCUUGUUAAUGGAUUCUGUUGCCAAGGGGAUUUCAAAAGGGCUGAAGAGACUUUCAAAGAGAUGCAGUCUUGUGGUCUUGUCCCUAACGUUGUCACCUACACAACGCUCAUAAGAAGUUUUGCUAAAGAUGGUAGUACACUUGGGAAAGCAGUUUACUAUUGGGAGCUAAUGCUGAGAAACAAGUGUGUCCCCAAUGAAGUUACCUUCAACUGUCUGCUUGAGGGGUUUGUGAAGAAAGAAUCUGGAGAAGUUGUUUCUGAACCGUCUAACGAGGGAGAAAGAUCUCUGUUUCUUGAGUUUUUCUAUAAGUUGAAAUCAGAUGGGUGGUCAGACCAUGCUGCUGCUUACAACUCUGUCAUCGCUUCUCUAUCUGUACAUGGAAUGGUGAAGACUGCUUGCAGGUUUCAGGAUAGAAUGGUGAAGAAAGGCUUCUCUCCUGAUCCUGUUUCGUCUGUUGCUAUAUUACAUGGUUUUUGUGUGGUUGGGAACUCAAAGCAAUGGAAGAACUCAGUCUUUUGUGAUCUGGACGAAAAGGGUCUUGAAGUGGCUGCUAGGUAUUCACUCAUUUUAGAGCGACACUUUCCUCAAGCAGUGACCUCUGAAGCUUCAAGUAUGUUACAUUUAAUGCUAAAACACACAGACACCAAAAAACCUGAGCACUAUAGAAUCUGAUUUGCAGAGCCGGUCUUGGAUGCAAAGUGCUAACAAUCACUCGGUGUUCAGUUGGUUUUGUUUCUUGAGCUAUUUGUCAUAUGUUGUGGGUUCGGUUCUUCUAGGCUACGUUAAUUUUUUUAUACGUUUUUUUGUUACAUUUGUAUACUUUUUUGUAGAAACAUGGUAACUAUGAGUCUAUGACUGUACUUAACGACAGAAGAGAGAUAGAUCAUUAGAUCGUGAAUGAAAACCAAUUGCAAUCCCUUA